AUGGGGUCGCUCACACAAUAUAGUCUACUGUUAGCAGCAGCAGCAGGUUUGCCUUUCAGUUCAGCAGAUGGACACUACCGAUCUCGUCCAGACCUCAUAGUCCCUAAGUUGAAUAUAACUGUGCCUGCACCCGAUGCCAAUGGUACGGAGUAUGUUUUUGUUGCUCCUUACGCCAAUACCAUCCAACAGCCUGGCGCUUAUAUCUAUCGGAAGGACGGUGAUCUAGUGUGGUCUGGCAUUGGCUACUAUGCAGGGUUUGUGGGGAAUUUCCAUCCUACCACAUACAAUGGAAAAACUGUCCUUCAGGCCUUCCAGGGAUCGAUGGACCAAAAUCAUGGGGAGGGUGUUGGCCAACAUGUGCUUCUCGACCAAAGCUAUGAACAUGUGAUAUCUACGAAGACUGGAAAUUACCAUAUUCCCUCUAUCCACGAAUUUACCGUGGUCAAUGGCGAGACUGCUCUUGUGGAGAUUUACCUUCCAACCAUCGCAAACCUGACACAGUACGGUGGAAACUCGUCGCAGCAAUGGCUUGGAAACGGGCUGUUCCAAGAGUUUGAUAUCACAACUGGGGAGCUAGUAUUUGAGUGGAACUCUCUGGACUAUUUAGACCCUGCAGACUCACUGAAUCCAUUGGGUUCAACCGCUAGCAACAGCGGACUUUCGUCCGCUCAAACCUGGGAUUAUGUUCACAUUAACAGCAUCGACAAAGACAAAGAUGGAAACUACCUCGUCUCAUCGCGACACUUCAGCACCAUCUUCAAGAUCAACGGAACCGAUGGUUCUAUCAUCUGGCAACUCGGUGGCAACCAUUCCACAUUUACCCAGGAUUUCACAUUUGGCUUCCAGCACGACGCCCGCUGGCGAUCGCAGUCCGACAGCAUCGACGUGAUAUCUUUCUUCGACAACUCAGGCAACGGGGAAAUAACUUUCAACAACGUCUCCAGAGCCUUGUUUGUCCAGCUCAACCACACGGAUAAUACCGCAACCGUCCUUCGCAAAGCCACAGCCCCAUAUGAGCUACAGGCUAAGUCUCAGGGUAACACUCAAUUGCUUCCGAACGACGAUUUGUUUGUUAGCUGGGGGUCUGCAGGCGCUUUCACGCAGUUUGGUGCUGACAAUAAAGUUAUUUAUCAUGCGUUUAUCGAAGACGCGGUCAGUUACCGUGGGUUUGUAGCCAACUGGACUGGUACACCGAGUGAGGCUCCGGCUCUUGCCGCUUAUGUGGACUCGGCCAAUACUACUAGGUUAUAUGUUUCCUGGAAUGGAGAUACCGAGACGAAGAUCUGGAAGUUUUACCAGGUUCAAGAAGGUAGCGGUUCCAACAAUGAGGUCCAGUAUCUUGGUGAGCAGAGCAGGAAGUCGUUUGAAACAACUUUCUUUUGGGAGAGUGGGUACCACCCUGCAAAUGAUGUGAAGUUUUACGCAGAAGCCAUUGGUGGUAAUGGCGAUGUUCUUGUGAGGACUCUGCCGUCCAUCGCAGCUAGAUUUACUGAAACUACAGAAUAA